AUGUGCAAUCUUCUAGACACGAAAUCUUCCAGAGUUUCCUCCAGUUUCUCUGAGAAAAAUGGUGCAGUUGAUAAAUUAAGUGCCAAAAAAUCUGAUAGUGCCAAAGCAUUAGUGCCAAAAGACAAGCAAGAUACCAUGAAUAAUAGAAAAUAUUCGAAGAAUGAAGUAGUACAAGUAAGCACUAGAAGUUCAGAUAGCUCUUCUACUGUAAUGUCAAAAGACAGACAUGGCAGUCAUUCUAGUGAUGCAGUUAGCAUCUGUUUAAGUGAUGCACAUGAUAGCAGUGGUUCUUCAACUAAUAUAGCUCAACUACAAAGUGGUCCCAGUAAUACAAAGAACUCGUCAUUGUCUCUUAAAUCUGGAAGCUCAUCUAGUGUUAAUGCUAGAAGAAAGAAUUCAAAUACACAGUAUAAGCCUGAAAAAUGGAUGCUUCCUGACAAUACAGGAGAUAGAUUGACUCAACUAAAUCUUGCAAUAGUUGGCCAUGUUGAUUCGGGAAAAUCAACACUCUCAGGUAGACUGCUGUUUCUUCUCGGACGAAUAUCUCAAAAAGAAAUGCACAAAUAUGAAAAAGAAGCCAAAUUACAGGGCAAAGGAUCCUUUGCUUACGCUUGGGCAUUGGACGAGAGCACUGAAGAAAGGGAACGGGGAAUUACUAUGACUGUCGCUGUUGCAUAUUUUGAUUCCAAAAAAUAACAUGUUGUUGUGCUUGACUCCCCUGGCCAUAAGGAUUUUGUUCCAAACAUGAUAUCUGGAGCAACACAAUCUGAUGCUGCAAUUCUUGUCAUAGAUGCCUCGGUCGGUUCAUUUGAAGUUGGUAUGGACAGUACAAAAGGGCAGACAAGGGAGCAUGCACAACUCAUUAGAAGUUUUGGUGUUGAUCAACUUAUAGUUGCCGUCAACAAGAUGGAUGCUGUGCAAUAUUCCAAAGAUCGGUUUGAAUCAAUAAAACUACAACUUGGAACAUUUCUUCGUUCUUGUAAAUUUAAGGAUUCCUCCGUGUCAUGGAUUCCAUUGAGUGCCAUUGAAAAUCAAAAUUUGGUGGCAGCUCCUUCUGAUGUUCAGCUUUCAUCUUGGUAUCAGGGGCCCUGUCUGUUGGAUGCAAUUGAUUCUUUACAACCUCCUGCUAGAGAUUUUUCAAAGCCUCUAAUUAUGCCCAUAUGUGAUGUUGUUAAAUUACAGCAUGGGCAUGUGUCUGCCUGUGGUAAAUUGGAGGCUGGAGCUCUUCGAAGUGGAAUGAAGGUCUUAGUCAUGCCAUCUGGAGAUAUAGGCACUGUGCAUUCCCUAGAUCGUGACUCUCAGGCUUGUGCCGUUGCAAGAGCUGGAGAUAGUGUAGGUGUCAGUCUUCAAGGUAUUGAUGUAAGCCAUGUGAUGGCUGGAGGUGUGUUAUGCCACCCUGAUUUCCCUGUCGCAAUUUCAACACAUUUGGAGCUGAGGGUGCUUGUUUUGGAUUUUGCAGCUCCUAUUUUAAUUGGUUCUCAGUUGGAAUUUCAUAUACACCACGCAAAGGAGGUUGCAAGAAUUGUAAAGAUAGUGUCAUUACUUGAUACAAAGACCGGAAAAGUUACAAAAAAGGCACCCCGCUGUCUUACUGCAAAGCAGAGUGCAGUAGUUGAGGUAGCUUUGCAAGGACCAGUCUGUGUGGAGGAGUUCUCAAACUGUAGAGCUCUCGGUAGAGUUUUUCUAAGAGCUUUAGGAAGAACUAUUGCUGUAGGCAUUGUAACCCGUAUAAUUGAGGAUCAAUUAUAGUCUGAGUUUCCAUCUGCGGUGUUGUAUUAUCUAUUUAAUGUGCAUUUUAGGAUAGUAGCCUUCAGCUUUUGUAUUAGUAAUAGCUUUAGCUUUGGUCCCGCAUGGAAUAAUAUGUAAAAUUUGAUUGAUUCUUUGUCUUUAUUAUUGCCAAGUUGGGUGGCUGAGGUCUAAAUAAACACUAUUCUCCCCUUUUUUGCAUUA